UGGUAAUGGUCGUCAAAAUAAUAGGCGUGGUCCCCUUGGCCCGAGCCCUAGAGCUAGAGACUAGAGAGAUCUUAGCUCUUUAACUGCCUAGCUCCAGAGCAGAACCUCCUCUGCUGGCCAGCUGCUCUAGCUCUAUAAAAAAAUCGAAAUGUGCUCUCAUGGUGAAGAAAUGAAGGACGACAGUGGGAUUGGGAAGGCUCCUCCCACUCUUGAGAGCACUCUUCCCUCAUCCCCCCUCACCCUCCCUGACAUCCAUGCGGCCAUCUACAAUCCCAACCUGACUGUGGAUGAGGUGGAAGUUAUGGUGACGGCACACCCACUCUGUCUGGAGUCUGUGGAGCCCCGGUUUGGCUACACCCCCCUGCACUGUGCUGCCAAGCGCUGCAGCAUGCCUCUGAUCAACAUGCUGGUCCAUCACGGAGCAAUAGUAGACACCAGGGCAGCGAGAGGAGAAACUUCACUCAUGGUCGCUUCUGAGUCUGGUAGCCUUUAUGUGGUGCACACGCUGUGUGAGUGUGGGGCUGACUCGAGUCUAGUGGACAGUCAUGGCCAGUCAGCACUGCACUACGCUGCAAAGGCAGGAGCUGUUCACAUCCUCCAUUACUUGUCUGAGAGAGGAGGUCUGAACUUCAGGGCUACUGAUAAUCAAGGUAACACACCCCUGCACUUGGCAGCCUGGCACCUCAAACUGGAAACCAUUGAAUACCUUAUGAGACACGAGAGAUGUGAGGUAGCAGCCACAAACCAGGACGGGCUUACAGCUCUGCAUUAUGCAACCAAGCAUGGGAGCAUUGAAAUGUGCUGGAUUCUGCUCAACCAAGAACAGAACAUAGUGACAAAGCUUCUCCAUCAGAGGGAGAAGAAUGGCCUCUCCCCGCUGGAUAUAGCCAGGAAAGGACACAAACAAAAACACAAUCUGCUCUCUAAGAAGCUGGACCAGUGGUCAGACUCACCUGGCUACAUGAGGUUGUAUCCAUGGGGGUGGUGGGUCUUCUUCUCGCUGCUGGGAGGAUUGACGAUGACCCUAGCCUUGCUAGCCAUCACUCAACUCUUCCAGCCAGUGGGUUUCGUGCUGUCGCUAGUGAUACUACUCCUGGGCUUCUUCCUCCCUCUCUCUAUGCACCGGAUCCCCCACCCUGCUGGCUGGCCCAACCCACAAAUGGUGGGUGCUCUCCUCGCUGGAGUCACCCUCACAACCUUUAACUACUUUAAGAGAGUCUUUCAUGUGGUGUGGCCGGACUAUUACCUGUCGUUCAUCAUCAUGGCAAUCAUUGGAUUCACAGCUCUUGUGAUCUACUUCAAACUGAGGAGAUCUGAUCCAGGUUUUGAUAAAAUCGGGAAAUUAAGCAGUGAUGGAAAGCCAUUUACGAUCGUGGACGUUGCUAGACAAGCCGAGACCAGUCCUCACGGGUUCGCCUACAUGGAGGGUAAAGACCUGAGUGGGGACACUCUUCUAUUCUGUACCAAGUGUGAGAUAGUGAUCCCGGAGUACACCAAGCACUGCAAGCUGUGCCAGGGUUGCUGUCGAGGGUUUGACCACCAUUGCACCUGGCUAUCCUCCUGCAUAGGAUACAAGAAUCAUCGCUUGUUUAUCAUCUUUGUGUUUAGUCUCAUGAUUGAUAACUUCCUGUACGUCUACCACGCUUUCACCAUGAUGUUGAGAUUAGGAGGUGACAAUGGAUUCUGGGGAGUGUUGUCAGUGAGUUUCAAUGAUGAGUCAGCUGCCAUGCUGCUCCUACUAUGCAACCUGUUGACUGGUCUCUAUGCUGCCGCGAACCUCUGGGAACAGAUCAUGCACAUAUCACGUAGAGAGACUGGCUACUUCGACUCUAAUGGAAAAGUACCAUACAAGAAGAAACGAUAUGGUCCCGGUUACUCGGUGAUCACUCGAGUGCGACUGGUCAUUCUGUUUUUCACCGACUAUCCUAACUGGUCCAGAUCGUCCUCAAAAAAACUAACACUAACUGUCUAGCUUACAAAAACCAUAAUUAUUAACUGUCUAGACAGCUUACAAAUUAUUUCCAUUUUAUAUACAUAAUAAUACCAGCUUUUAACGACAUUUAUACAAGUCAUGUAAACGUAUACAUUGUAUUUUGCAGACAGA